AUGGAAAUACACGCACUAGAGAGCUUGGUGGACAGUGGAUGGAUGCUUCCGGAAAGCUGGCGCUAUAGGGCGACCAAGCGCGGGAAAGCGCGCGCACGUAUACAUCGUAAAGCGCGGGAAUGUAUUGUUGUUUCUACAGCGGCUUCAGACUGUGAGGAUGGACCUGUCUUACCUGAAAUCAUAGUAGAUGAUGAGGGGUAUGCAAAACUUCCUCUUCGUGAUGGUAUUGGCCUCAAGGGCCAACACGAAUUGAUUAGAAGUAUCUUUCAUACUUCAUACAAAGUCUGCACAGGUGGCUCUAGACCUGUACCUUGGGGCGUGAUAACUGCCAGCCCGUCCAAUUAUUUGGAACCUGGUUCAGUUCCCACAGGAUUUGUGGUCAAAGACCCUUCUCAUAUGAAGACAGAGGAGGUAAAUCGUCUAUGGAUGCAUUGGGAACGACGUUCUGCUACAAAUCAGAAGCUAGUUGUCUUUAUUAAGGCCAAGGAUGCUGAUAUUCGGGUCACUGGGAAGUCCAAGACGAAAGUAGUGAGCACCCUAGACUUAGAUGAAGAAGAUCAAGGCCAGCCGGCUCCAUUUGCCUCUCAUUUCACAGAACGUACAACACAGCCGGCCGCUCAUGAGACAACACCAGAUGAUGUUGCCAUCAAUGACCGAUACACAUUUUUAGAAACCCUUAGCAAGAAUGAAAACUACUUGGAGCUUGUGGACGCCACUAGGGACCUGGCAAUAUUAGCCAAACAGAAUCCAAUUUCAGAGCGACACCAAGAUUUGCCUACCUGGGCUGACUGGUCUUGGAGCGAAAAUUAUCUUUCCGAGGACAUUCACACCUCAUAUGCGACAUUGAUGGCCAGCUUAAACAAGCUACAGACCUGUCCAAUCUCAGGGCCAUCAUCGGCAAUGCCAGUAAUACUAGGAAUUGGGCUCCUCUAUAGGGAGUCUAAGCGUGUGAUAGAGUAUGAGGAAGACGAGGCUGAUCCCAAUACCCCUUUCUACCUACCUCAUUCUGCUAUUGAUCUACAGUUCUUGGUCGCUCUGGAUGAGGCUGUCCGGGAAGUCUUAUUCUCAGUUGUUGGUCAGAUUGAGAGGCUGAACAAAGAGGGACUCAGUGACGAGGUUGAGGAUGAGGAGAUGAGGAUGGUGGUAGAGAAGGAAAGGCAUGAGGUUGAGGAGAAGGAUGUUGAGUCAGAGGAGAAUGUAGUUGGGGGAGAAGAACAGCAGGAGCAGGAGGUUGAAGAGGUGGUGCAGAAAGGGAGGAAGAGAAAAAUUAACCAUGCUUCAUCAAACUCUCGCACUGCCUGGUGA